GCAGGAAUACGCUUUAUUCCUAUUUUUAUUGUAAUUUCGAAACUGUGGAUGUUAAUCUGUACAGUCCUCGCAUUCUCUGUCGUUCCAUUCCAGUGGUUCAAGCUUGGGGUGCCGUCUUUCCCAGGGUACCUUUGCGCGCCGUGCGAGCUGUUUUCGCGGGUUUGCAAACCGUAAAACAGAGAGCAAACCACAGCGAAGGGAAAACCCAACCUUUUCCUCCCCAAAAUGACUUCAGCAAUGGCGCAGAAGGAUCGUAUUUUGAUCAAGGGUGGAACCAUUGUAAAUGAUGACCAAAUGUUUGAGGCUGAUGUCUACAUUGAGAAUGGUCUGAUCAAGGAAAUAAGCAAAUCUGUCAUUUGCCCUGGAGGUACAAAAGUCAUUGAUGCAUCCAGAAAGCUCAUCCUUCCAGGUGGUAUUGACACCCACACCCACUUGCAGAUGCCUUUCAUGGGCACUACGGCUAUUGAUGACUUUUUUAUUGGCACAAAGGCUGCCCUGGCAGGGGGAACAACCAUGAUCAUUGACUUUGUCAUCCCAGCAAAAGGGGAAUCAUUGCUAGAGGCUUAUGACAAGUGGAGAGGUUGGGCAGAUGAGAAAGUGUGCUGUGACUAUGGUUUCCAUGUUGCUGUGACUUGGUGGAGUGAGGAAGUGGCAGAAGAAAUGGAAAUCCUUGUUAAAGAGAAAGGUAUCAACUCAUUCAAGACUUUCAUGGCAUACAAGGAUGUGAUGAUGAUCAAUGAUGCUGAGAUGAUUAACUGUUACAAAAAGUGCAAGGAGAUUGGAGCCAUCGCCCAAGUCCAUGCUGAGAAUGGUGACUUGAUUGAUGAGGGUGCCAAAAAGAUGAUCGCUAUGGGAAUAACAGGCCCAGAGGGUCAUGAGAUGUGCCGGCCUGAGGAAGUUGAGGCUGAGGCCACACAGAGAGCAAUUACUAUUGCUAACCAGGUUAAUUGCCCUCUGUAUGUAGUCCAUGUUAUGAGCAAGAGUUCUGCUAAGGUGAUCAGUGAUGCUAGACGCCUUGGAAAAGUUGUAAUAGGAGAACCCAUUGCAGCUGGUCUUGGAUGCGAUGGUACCAACUACUGGCACAAAUGCUGGAGACAUGGUGCAGGCCAUGUUAUGGGUCCUCCACUCCGUCCAGACACAUCUACUCCAGAACACCUUAUGAAUCUCUUGGCAAAUGAUGACCUUCAGUGCACAGGAACAGAUAACUGCACAUUUAGCUCAGAACAGAAAGCUCUUGGCAAGAAUGACUUUCGCAAAAUUCCAAAUGGUGUUAACGGCAUUGAAGACAGAAUGUCCGUAAUCUGGGAAAAAGGCGUGCAUGCAGGUAAAAUGGAUCCUUGCCGGUUUGUUGCUGUUACAAGUACAACUGCAGCCAAGAUCUUCAAUGUCUAUCCCCAAAAGGGUCGUAUUGCCAUCGGCUCUGAUGCAGAUAUUGUGGUCUGGGAUCCAGAAGCAACAAGAGUCAUAUCUGCCAAAACACACCAUCAGGCUGUAGACUUCAACAUAUUCGAGGGAAUGGAGUGCCAUGGGGUGCCGGUGGUGACCAUCAGCCAAGGCAAGGUCGUGUAUGAAGGGGGCGAGUUCCAUGUGGUCCGUGGCUCUGGCCGUUUCAUACCCACACCUCCCUUCUCUCAUUACAUGUACAGCAGAAUCCACACAAGAGACAAGAAUUGCCAACCAAAAAAGGUUGAUCGAGAACCUUACACUGGAAAAGUACUGACAAUCGAACCUGACCCUAAGGCUGCGGUAUUUACUUCGCCUGCUCAGCGGAGAAUGAAGGAGCGAGAAGAAGUCAAGAAGAACCCACACAGAGAUCUCCAUCGCUCAGGCUUUGAGCUUUCAGGGAGGCAAUUUGAUGACGAACGGCCGUACCGACCAUCCUCCCGAGUAGCCAAACCUCCCGGUGGUGCGUCUUCAAUUGUAUUCGAUCAAUAAGGCCCUGGUCACCGUGCCCUACUGACCUCAGCACCCCCUAGACAUCUGUACGGAAUCAAGGCAGUCUUGUUACAGUGUCACGCGCGCUACCAUGGCAACCAAGACAAAAAAACAAAUGUUGUUUCUGAAAUGGCCACAAAGAACUUCUCUUGUGAACUUGUAGGGCAGCAAUACUGGACUAAAGUUGCAUGAUACGAUGUAGUGCAUGGUGUUUUGGGACUUUAUGACGUCCUCAAUGUUGUACACUGAUAGAUAGACCCAAAGGUAUGGUUUUGAUGUCCUUGAGGAAAUCAUCUUAUUGGUCAUACUCCUUUUCUUGAAUUAUAUUUUUUUGAAUGUUUCUUAACCUUCUUGUAUAACUUAUCUUGUUUAGUUUUUUUUUUUAAGUAGUGACCCUGCUUUGGUUUUGUAGAGUGUCAAAAUGUUUGCUUGAAAACUUUUACGAGAAGUAUGUUCCAUUGUCACUUCGUUUUUGCCACAACUAUAUAUUAGCAGUUGCUGUUAUUUGUAUUAUAAUUAUGUGAAGAAACACCUUUAGAAUAAUGUCAUAUGUAAAUCUGUAAAAGGUUCUGCUCAAAUUUGACAAGAGCAAUAAACAACUGUUAAACUGA